AUGCCGGCACAACUCAACGGGUCCGUUACGGGCGCCCUUCCCAUCCAUAUCGCGACCGACCAGACAAACGGCUUCCACAAGCAACAUAAGCAUUCGCGAUCCUCCUACUCGGAGUCUUCCCCUCUGGCCAACUCGAGGAACAAUUCCUUGACCUUCCGCCCUACCAAGAGAUUCAUGUCGACGCCAAAGACCAUUGCCGUUAUAAACGCUAGCGGCCGCCAAGCUGCGUCGCUGAUCCGCGUGGCUACGGCCGUUGGUUACCAUGUUCGUGCACAGCUGCGGAAUCUCGAAGGAGUUGUCGCUACCGAAGUGUCCACCAACCCCAACGUCACUAUCAUUAACGGCCCCAUGCCCGGCGUCGGCGUCAACCACGAUUUGAUCGACAAUCUUUUCCGCGGCGCACAGCUCGCCUUCAUCAACACUACUUUUUACGGAGAUGAACUGCAGAUCGGCAAGGCUCUGGCCGAUGCGGCGAAAAAGGCAAACAUCCAACACUACAUCUACUCUUCCAUGCCCGACCACGCAGUAUACCACACCGGGUGGCCGUCGUUGCCUCUAUGGGCCGCCAAGCACAAGGUUGAAGAAUAUGUGAGGGAGCUGGGUCUGCCUGCCACCUUUGUCUACACCGGCAUCUACAAUAACAAUUUCACCUCGCUGCUUUACCCAUUGUUCUGCAUGGAGCUGCAGCCGGAUGGCUCUUUCACAUGGCAGGCUCCGUUCCACGAAGACGCCAAGCUCCCUUGGUUGGAUGCUGAACAUGACGUUGGGCCUGCCAUUAUACAACUUUUCAAGGACGGCGUAUCCAAGUGGCAAGGGGAGCGCAUCGCCUUGGCGUACGAAUACUUGACUCCGGUGGAAGCUUGCAAGCUCUUUGCCCGCGGAGUCGGCCGCCCUGUCCGCUAUAUAAGAGGACCUAUCGAUAUCAAAGUUCGCAUUCCUACAGGAUAUCGACAACAGCUGGAGGCUCUGGAGAAGCUUUUUGAUCCCAACGAGAAGGACCCCGCGAAGCAGCCCCCCUACUUUGGUGACCCAAAGCUGGAAGCCAGCUGCCCGCGGGAAGCGCUUGAGUUGUGGGAGGGCCCUCGAGGGCUAGAAGAGUAUGCCAGAGAAAUGUUCCCACUGGAAGAAGAAGCCAAUGGCUUGACGUGGAUGUUUGACGAGGAGGAUGACGGCCAUGAGGCCCGGAUGCAGGCCACAACGACUUCUGUGGAAAAUAUGAGAAUCCAGGAUGAUGUAGAGGACGAGUCGUCCGACGAUGACGACGAAGAUGGGCUUGUCAUGCGUGGCCUGAAGCGAGCUGAAGAAAGCUGGCUUGCUUAG